UUUAAACUGUCUGAACUAAAAUCUUCAACGUCAUUGCAAACAUUUACCUUUAGUAAUAGACUAAAAAGUGACUUAAGUGAUAAAUUGUUAAUAACCAACAAUAACCAGUGAGCCAUGUAGUUGAACAGAAGUAGAUUACAGAAUAUAGGAUAUACUCUCUCAAUUAUUUAAAAUCUUUCUUAAAAAUUUUCUCCAAAAUUACAGUGGCUAAUCGUGGCUAACAAACCCCUCUGAUGGGCGACGCAGAUAAACCGAGUCAGGAAGAGAUGGAGGGUGACGGCUGUGUGACAACAGCCUCCAGCAGCAGUGCACUCACCGCCAGCUCUACACCCGGAUCCAGCACUCCCACAGCCAUUCCUCUGGGAAACAUCACUUCAGACAGACAGGCAGUCCAGUUAAUCCAGCAGACAUUACACAGACCACAGAGCAUGACAGCUCAGUACCUGCAACAGAUGUAUGCUGCCCAACAACAACAUAUCCUGCUGCAAACAGCUGCACUACAACAGCAGCAUCAACAAAACCUCAUGGCUACACAAAUCCUGACCACUACAGAGCAGACCGCACAAACCAAUGGCAGACAGCCCACCUCCUCCCCUCCAUCAUCCAAUGGGAAUGUAACUCAGCUGGCUAGUGUGUCUCAAACACCAAUCACCAUGCCAACCUCUGCUGUAACUCAGCCAAUAGGUCGCAUCCAGGUCACUAGCUCCAAUAGCACAGCGGGAGCCAUAUCCCAGCAGGCCAUGCUUCUAGGAAACAGCUGUCCCACAGGUAGCCAGGCCCAAAUGUAUCUGCGCACUCAGAUGCUGAUUCUUACUCCUGCUGCCACUGAUCUGACUGUCGUGAGUUCAGUGUCCUCUCAAUCAGCAUCAUCACAGGUUCCGAGUUUGGCUCUCUGCACACAUCCUCCUGGAGUUCUUGCUACUCCCCAGAACGUCCAGAUCAAGCCUUCUCUUCAAGGUCAGACGCUGGUGUGCCCCCUGCCCAAGAUGUCCAUUUGCCCACUGAAGUCCACACAGCUUUCCCAGAACCUGACAGAAGGUUCUAGAAGUGAGUCACUGUUGACCGAUGUUACUCAGCCGCCAUCAGCCCAACCACUCAUUCCUCCCUCAACUUUCACACCAGUCCAGUCUCAUACAUUGGUCAGACACCAGCUGCAUUGCCCAUCCGGCCAGAGGGUGGCGCCACACCAGCUCUUCAUCCAGCAGAGCUCCACCGCUCACAGACAGUUCCAGCCCAUUGCUCUGCGUGUCGCGCCGCAGGACAGCUCUCCUCCACCCCUCGCCCUGCAGACCUGUACCACACCCACUACAGCCACCGUCCAAUCACAGCACACCGAGUUCCUCUCAGUGCCCUCCUCUUCAAAUCAGUCAGCAGUGGUAACUACGUCCACAGCUCCCCCUGCAGUGCUCCCUGACCCUCCACCGCUUCAUCUGGGCCCAGUGCUAGAGCCGGUCUCCCAGUAUUCCCCUCUGUCCAGUCCCCCUCCUCUCACCAUGGCUCUGCCCAGGCUGGUCCAGCCACAGAGACAGUCUCUCCGCUCAGUCCAGACUGUAGCUGUCCAGUCUGACCACAUGCUGGUGUCUGAAGAGGAGCUCCCAGUCGCUGAAGCAGUGGUUCAGUUGCCUUUUCCGAAUCUGCCGCCACCACAGACAGUGGCAGUGGACCUAAAGGUGCAACCUGCCACACAAUCAGAAGCUCCCUCGUCAGCACCGCAGUUGAAGGAGACUGGAAGGAUGGAUUUGGUGAAGGAUGUAGAACGUGUGUGUCCUCAGAACAGAACGCCCACCCCGCCAUCACUGUCCCUACCGGACGGGCCCCAGGGAAGCUCUGAUGAUGUAACAGCACAACCAGAAAACUGGACAGCUGAUCUGGACCAGCCGAGCGAACCAUCGAGCGGAUCUGUGAUCCGGUCACCGGAGGACCCCACACAUGCCAACAGUCCCCCCCCUCCCCUCCUCUCCUCUGCGGUAAGAAGCACCAGCAGGCUUCCCCCAGCCAGCCUCCCAGGGAACCCUGAGGGUCGGCCCUCACAGGCCAUCGUUAGACCUCACAUCCUCACACACCUCAUUGAGGGCUUCGUCAUCCGAGAGGGCCUGGAGCCGUUCCCGGUGAGACGUACUUCCUUGGAGAUGAACCUGCAGGCCACACUACCAGAGGACAGAGAGAACACAGAAUCAGCCCAGGAUGACUGCCUGAUGGAUGCGGACCAUCUGGAGAACUCCACCGAUUCUGACCCCGCUGAGGAUGCACAGACAGCUGAAAACCUGCCUGACGUACUUGAAUGUGAGUUCUGUGGGAAGAGAGGCUUCGCUCGUACCUUCCUCCGGUCCAAACGCUUCUGCUCCAUGACAUGCGUCAGAAGAUUCAAUGUGAGCUGUAAAAAGCGCCUUAACCUGUUCAGGUCAGAAAAGGUUGGCCGCUGGCCCCACAGGCCCAUGGGCAAGAGGGGGAGACCACCUAGUCGAAUAAACAGCAGGUCCAGGGAACACUUCCUCAGGCAGCUGCAAGACUCCCAUCGUACCAAUGACAACCAGAGGGCCUCCAAUUCAAUUUGGAUAGAGAGAGAAGAGGAGGAAGAUCCACCAGGCCCGAUGACGACAAGACUGCGCUUGCAGGCUGAAAGAGAGAAGCAACAAGAAGAGAGCAGAGUGGAGAGCAGCAGCGGCUCUGACCGUCUUCUUGACUCAAGUCCCUCACAGUGGAGCGUAGACCAAGUGUGCUCCUUCAUCAGCACUUUACCAGGGUGCCAUGAUAUUGCUGCAGAGUUCCGGUCACAGGAGAUUGACGGACAGGCCUUGUUGCUGCUUACGGAGGAGCAUCUCAUGAGCGCUAUGAACAUUAAACUGGGCCCUGCGCUCAAAAUCUGUGCGCAGAUCAAUGCUCUCAAAAAACAUUAGACGUCUUUCCACUCUCAGUAUGUGGGUCACACAGUAUUUGAGAGUCGGAUUCCUCUGAAGUGCCAUGUUUUCAUCGUGUGGCCAUUCUACAAAUACUCAGACACUCGUGGGGACCUUCUUCGUAUACCUCAAAGUUUCAUGGUGGACUUAUCUCGGAUUUCAUUCCAUUCAGUAACAAGUUUUCUAAUAUCUAAAACUAAAUACUGAUCUUGUAUAUUGCAUUUAUAGUAAACAGUCUGGAAAGGCAGGUUAUGAAGAAUGAGAGAUGAUGUAGCUGAGCAGCAACAAUUUGUGGAUGUUGGCACACAAUGUACAAU